AACCCACUGAAAAGACACACAGAUCCUUUGCCAAAAGAAUUGAGUGAGUUGAACGUGGAAGCAGGGAUGAUGAUGAUGAUGAAGAAACAACCUAGUUGUGUUCCAAACACACCUCCUUCAUCACUAGGUUUAAACAAAGAUUCCCAGACAAUAUCCAAACUGAAGCCCCCCAAGAUCCGGAUAAUUCACAUUUUCGCCCCGGAGAUCAUCAAGACGGACGUGGAGAACUUCCGGGAGCUGGUGCAAAGGCUCACCGGAAAGCCACCGGAGAAGAAAAGAGCGAGGAAGGUCGCGGAGUCGAGAGGCGGCGUAAUUCCGGCGGCGGCGGCCAAGAAAAUGGAGCUCCGAGCUGGGUUCCAACUCACAGCUGGCUUGAGAGAAAAGAUCAAAGGAGAAGACGAGAUUUGGAGCGGCGCCAACUCCGGCGGCGGUUUCUUGGGCGGUUUGCCGGAGUUUGAGGGAUUCAUGGAAGAGCUUAACCAUAUUCCGUUCCCAAUACUCCCUUUGGAUGUUCCGGUCUACAAUCCGGCCGACAACAUCGCCACCUGAUUCCAAAUGUGGGACGAUGUUCCCGGUCAGCAAUCGUGACCGUUGAUUAAAUAUUAUGAUCCAGUAGUUAGUUGUUUUUCCAGAAUGGUAUUUAGGGUUUAAUUGAAUUAAUUAAUUAAUAUUCUGUCUUAA